AACGCCGACCCCUUUCCUGAUCUGACGACUACGAAUCACUGUACCGAUGCCAAUCGCUCGCCCCCCUCAACAAUUCGUAUCAGAGUGUGUACUGUAGAUGCCUAAUGGCCGCAGCUAAUUGCAUAAUUAGCCCAUACGUAGACAAAUAAUUAAACGAUCACUGAUGUACAGAAGCCCAUAAACCAUGUACGGUUGUGUCUGACUAUAGUUUUGCGAUGUGCCAAUGCCUAAUCCACCAAUCAGGUCGAUCCAUUGAUAUAUGUGCGUGUUAUACAAUUCUGCUAGAUUGAUCCAUCGACUAUUGUUUAAAAUCGAUCAGACUUCUUGAGAAAUAUGACAGAGCUUAAACUUCAAGCUUUUUAGAGUUGUCAUUUUUUUCUAUGCCAAUUAUUUCUCCCUGUACCAAUAUAACAGACCAAUUGCUUCAACUUCAAGCUGCAACAUUCUUGUGGAGAAUUAUCAUUUUUUUCCGUACCAAUUAUUUCUCCCUGUACCGAUGCAAGAUUUUUAGAUUUCCCUUGAUUGAAGGAUUACUUUUCUUAAUCUCAAACUGAGAUGGAUGAUGCUUGGCUGGCUCUAUCCAUUGACUAUUGUUUAAAUUUGAUCAGAUUUCUUGAGAAAUAUGACAGACCAUAAACUUCAAGCUUUUUAGAGUUGUCAUUUUUUCUGUACCAAUUAUUUCUUUCUGUACCAAUAUGACAGACCAAUUGCUUAAACUUCAAGCUGCAACAUUCUUGUGGAGAAUUGUCAUUUUUUUUCUGUACCAAUUAUUUCUCCCUCUACCGAUGCAAGCUUUUUAGAGUUCCCUUGAUUGAAGGAUUGCUUUUCUUAAUCUCAAACUGAGAUGGAUGAUGCUUGGUUGGCUCAUUCGGUUCCUUCGCCAUUUUGGGAUGGCACAUGAGGCAACAUGCUGCUGCUCUCCUAUCACUUAGUGCUUAACAGAAUCUUGGCCGUCGGUUGAAUAAUGCCCAGUUUGCAUAAUCUGUACACUUUUCAACUUAAACCUGUCCUGAAUCCAUAUGUCGACAAUGUUAUAUCUGAGUGUGGGUGUGGCUGGACCCAUGGUCUUGUACCUCCUCUCUCUGGUUUGAGUUAUGAUAAGCUGAUAGUGCAUUGACGUGCUACUGUACUUCUCUACCCUCUCGAUUCACAUGUUUCUUUUGGUAGGUUUCAUCGGUUCUGGGAACCAAAUUGCCGAGGGGACUUCCACAACUUGUACUGCUUAAUUUCCCUAUCCGAGACUACAAUCUUGUCCUAGGAUGGCGACGGACAUGUUGACCAUAUACCUGCACUAUGAAGUUACAAAUCAGGAAGCCAAAAUGUUACAAAGAUCCAUGAUGAGGCGUGAUGUCUCGUAUUAUGACUUAAUCUUGAUGAUCGAGGAAGUUGGCUUUCAGGCAAUUGACUUUCUGUACUAUGCAAAAAAAACUCGUCUAGGCAGCUCCUUCUUAGUUCACAUUUAUGAUCAAGGUCUUGUGUUGAAAAUGUUGUCCGACCCUGAGAUUGUGAAAGCUGUCCAUCUGUAUGUGUCUAAGGAGAAGGUUGACGAUCAUAUUGCGCCGCCUAGUAAGCAAAUUCAUAUUGCUCCAUCUAACCAUCCGAAUGAGAGUGUUCUCUUACAACACGGUGGUGUCUCUGCUGAAGGGGCAGGGCAACUUACUAUGGGAAUGCCGCAAAGUAUCCCUCUUGAACCAUGCUUAUUACAUAUCUGUAUCUACUGUUGUAAUUAUUGGAAUAAAAGAUGUAUGGUCGUUCUGCAGGACCAUGAUGUCAACCAAUUACAAAUUCAACAGAAUUCAUCAUCAUCACAAGACCAUGUUAUUGAUUCUGUGCCAGAGGUGAGGGAAACCAGGGAUCUUACGGGUGAAUCUGUUUCAAGAACGAACCAGCAGGGGACUAGAAGUGAACACCCACACCCAGCUCGCUCAAAAAGAAAGCGUACUUCUUCCAUCAAGGCUGCUUCCAAAGUAGUUUUAAAGACUUCAACAUAUCCCAACAAGCGGAAUGUUGCGUAUGGUACUAUUCGGAGUACUAAUCCAAGAACUAAGGUUGGUGGUAUUGAGUUAGGUGCUGAAUUUGCCCUUGUGCGCAUAGAUCAACCUAUUCUUGAUAAUGAGGAGUUGGUAAGGGAAGUUUCUAAUUGCAAGACAAUUGGUGAGGCUUUCACUUCAGGAUACUUAAUUACCUGGCCUUCAGCUUUUAUUCGAGAGAAGGAUAGUUGAGUUGCAGCUGAAUUCUUGGAUCAAGAUGCAAAUAAAAUUGGAAGAUUUUAGCUACCAAUAGUUGUAGUUUACAUUGAUAGCUUUAAAAAUGUAAUAUCAUCAACAUGAUAUUUUUCUUCGUCGAAUUGAUGUAAAUGUAAUAUUCUCCAUAGUUGUGUUUUCUAUGCUCAAAAUGAUAUGAUUGAUAUCUUUAUUGUAAUGCAUAUGUAUCAUACACUUGUAUAUUCAUAAUAAAUAUCUUCAUAUGAGUUUCUA